AUGCCGACCUCGAGGAUAACGAUCGGGAGGAGGGAGGAGGCGACCCAUCCCGACGCCCUCCGGGCCGCCGCCGCCGAGUUCUUCUCCACCCUCAUCUUCGUCUUCGCCGGACAGGGCUCCGGUGUGGCCUUCUGUACGUGGGACUUCUCUCCAUCUUCACCGCCAGCGAGCUCCGUCUCUCCGGCUAUGUCCAUCCCUCGCUGAUACUUUUCUUCCCUUUACUUAAACGCGCGCAGCUAAGCUGACCGGCAACGCUGCGACGACUCCGGUGGGACUGGUGGCGGCGGCCCUCGCUCACGGCUUCGCCCUGUUCGUCGCCGUCGCCGCGGGGGCCAACAUCUCCGGAGGCCAUGUCAACCCCGCCGUCACCUUCGGCAUCUUCCUCGGCGGAAACAUCACCCUCUUCCGUGGCCUACUCUACUGGGUCGCCCAACUCCUGGGCUCCAUCGUCGCCUGUCUCCUCCUCCUCUUCGUCACCGGCUCGGUGAGUUUCCACUAUCUCAACCAUGCCUUCUUCGACUCCUUCUCCGGCGAACUGAGCGUCUAACGCCGACGUGCUCCCGCCGGCGCAGUCCACAGGGAUCUUCGAGCUGUCGGGGGUGGGCGUCUGGAACGCGGUGGUGCUGGAGAUCGUGCUGACCUUCGGGUUGGUGUACACCGUCUACGCAACGGCCGUCGAUCCCAAGAAGGACAGCGUCGGUAUCAUCGGCCCCCUCGCAAUCGGCCUGGUGGUCGGAGCCAACAUCCUCGUCGGCGGCGCCUUCGACGGCGCCGCCAUGAAUCCCGCCAUCGCCUUCGGCCCCGCCCUCGUCAGCUGGAGCUGGACCAACCACUGGGUCUACUGGGCUGGUCCCCUCAUCGGCGGCGGCGUUGCUGGGAUCCUUUACGAGCUCCUCUUCAUCUUCCAUACCCACGAGGAGCUCCCCACCACCGACUACUGA